CUCUCCUUCUUAUCGAUCUGUUUGUUUCUUUCCAGAGCUCUUCACGAGCCCGGAAAACCACCACUCCUCUCUCUCUCUCUCUCUCUCUCUCUCUGAGGUGUUCGAAUUGGUGAAAAUCUGGUAUAAUUUCAAAUUCAGGAUCCAUGGAACAUGCCGAGCUAACCACGGAACAGGUGUUGAAGAGGGACAUUCCAUGGGAGACAUACAUGACAACUAAGCUCAUCACGGGGACAUGCCUUCAGCUGCUAAGACGUUACGAUAAUAAAUCAGAAAGUUAUAGAGCUCAACUUCUGGAUGAUGAUGGUCCAGCUUAUGUUCGGGUGUUCGUUAGCAUUUUACGUGACAUUUUUAAGGAGGAAACUGUAGAAUAUGUUCUCGCAUUAAUUGAUGAAAUGCUUACAGCAAACCCAAAAAGAGCAAGAUUAUUUCAUGACAACUUUCUUGCCAAUGAAGAUACUUAUGAACCUUUCUUAAGAUUGCUUUGGAAGGGUAAUUGGUUCAUACAAGAGAAGAGCUGUAAGAUACUUGCUUUAAUAGUAAGUGCCAGGUCAAAAACCCUGGAUGGCAUAAUUGCUAAUGGGGAAGCCUCAAACUCAAAGAAAAAAUCAACUACUAUUGACAAUGUGUUGGAAGGAUUGAUAGAAUGGCUUUGUGUACAGCUGAAGAAGCCUUCCCAUCCUAGUGGUGCUGUCCCUAUUGCCAUCAGUUGCCUUGCUACAUUACUUAAGGAACCUGUGGUCAGAUCCUUGUUUGUUCGAGCAGAUGGGAUUAAGUUGCUCAUUCCUUUAAUUGCUCCAGCAUCCACUCAGCAAUCAAUUCAGCUCCUGUAUGAAACCUGUCUCUGUGUUUGGCUUUUGUCAUACUACGAACCUGCAGUCGAGUACCUGGCUACCUCAAGAACCUUGCCACGACUAAUAGAUGUUGUUAAGAGUUCCACAAAAGAGAAGGUUGUCAGAGUGGUUGUCUUGACCUUUAGGAACUUGCUUUGGAAAGAGACAUUUGGUGCUCAAAUGGUAGACCUUGGACUGCCGCAAAUUGUGCAAAGCUUGAAAGUACAAGCAUGGAGUGAUGAGGAUCUGUUGGAGGCUCUGAAUCAACUGGAGGAAGGGCUGAAGGAAAACAUUAAGAAAUUGAGUUCUUUUGAUUUGUACAAGCAAGAAGUCCUUCUUGGUCAUCUUGACUGGACUCCUAUGCACAAAGAUCCCUCAUUUUGGCGUGAUAAUGUUACGAGAUUUGAAGAUAAUGAUUUCCAGAUUUUGAGGGUCCUCAUUACAAUUUUGGAUACAUCCAGUGAUCCAAGGGCUCUAGCUGUUGCUUGUUUUGAUCUCUCACAGUUCAUCCAGCACCAUCCCGCUGGGCGGAUCAUUGUGAUGGACCUCAAGACAAAGGAAAGGGUGAUGAAACUGAUGAACCAUGAGAAUGCUGAGGUUACCAAGAAUGCCCUACUCUGCAUUCAAAGGCUUUUUCUGGGUGCCAAGUAUGCAAGCUUUUUGCAGGUUUAGUUAAAUUUCUGUGAACAAUAAUGGAGAAUGUUUUUAUAUGCCCAUGUACCGUGUCUCCUGUCUCCCCUAUCAUAUAUGCUUCAUCUCUUAUCGUUUGAGUAACUUAUCAUCUAGGGCUCUUCUCUUGUCAGAAUUUUGGGUUGUGGAAGAGUUUGAAGAUUCAAUUUGUUCUACUGAAUAGAGGAAUAAUAUUUGUGCAGUUGAGAUAUUAAAUAUAUAUAUAUAUAUUUUUAAUUUU